AUGGAUUCCUCAAUGUCGACUCGCAGUGCGCUUAAUCCGAGAGCUGCGUGGUGGUAUCCCACAGGCACCCAAGCUACCAUCAUUCCGGAUAAUUGCAUUGUUGUCAACGCCCAGGCACUCAACCGCUUCAACCAAGUUCUCAAGCCCGCGUCCUAUGAAGUCCUUAGCCGGGCCACGAAGUUAUUGGAAGUUGGUAUAGAUGGAAACCUAGUCCUCACAGAACAGGAACUCUGCAACAUCUAUGCCGACUUCAUCAAAAGCCUUCCAAGACCCUUCGAUCUUAGCCUCAGCUUAAUGAAAGCAUCCAAGGCUCGACAGAAUCUCUACAAGGCUAUCUGCUUCAACUCGACAAAGCCCAGAGAAUCCGAAGAGGCCAUGAAACCUCGUGAUAUCGUCAUUUCUAUGCGUAUAAUCAACUCCUUGAAUGACCUAAUCAAGCGCAUUCUUCUCGCUGAGCGAUCCGGAGAAUUUGUCGCCCAGUUUUCAGAUGUAGAACAUCGCGUAAGUACUGGCGUACCAGGUUAUUCUUCUCCCAAUAUCACUCCCCUUUAA